UAAUUUGGCUGAGGCAGGGAAACUGGGGCUAUAGUGAAGAAACCCAGUCAUUCCAAUUUGGGGAAAGUCCAGGACAAUCUUUUGGCUUUUUCAGCAGAACUUUUUUUCUUGCUGUUUUUCUCUGCUAGAAGAGUGUAAGAGUUAAGGGGACACCUUGGCACCAAUUUUAUCUUAAUGACAUCCAGUAUUUGGGAGGAGAUAAUAGGACCCUCCCCCACUCUUCCCUCCGAUUUCCACCUUUCCUUCUUCCCUACCCCUCGUAGAAGAGCUUGGGGGGGAGGGGAAGUGAAGUAAUAAUAAUUAAUGAAUUAUUAAUUUGCUGAGGUGUCCAUCCCCAUCUAGGAUGCUGCUACGUUCUUCUCUGGGCAGAAGAGGGAAGACAGUAUAAUGGGCUAAGAAACUGGUUUGGCGAUUCCGAGUGGGUGAGUGGUAGGUCCCAGCACGUGCAGCGCCAAGAAGCGCGAGAUUGAUAGGUUGAGUGCGCAGGCGUGGCUUACGGGGAGGAAGGAGGCGGGGUUGCGAGGCAGCAGGGCUAGGAGCCAGGCGGAGGCCGCAGACGUUCAGUCCCAGGAGCCAGGGACGGGGUGUGAGGAAGCUCUUCCCAUCGGCCCUACGCCGACGGUUGGUGGGCGUGCGCGACGGAUACGGGUGGGAGGGAGAUCGUUGCGAAGGAGACGGGGUGUCACUUUGAAAGCGGUGGUUCCCUUUUUUAAAAAGCCUGUAGCCGUUAAGUUUGUUCUGUCCCUGGUGCGGGCACAACAGGGGGCGUGGGGCGGAGUGCGCACGCGCUGUGUGUCUGGUCGCGCGCGUUGGGAGGGGUGGAGGAAAAAGCGCAGGCUCGGUUGGUUUCUUACUCAGUUCGGGUCGCGCGGGCAGCUUGUUUUGGUCUCGCGCGGGUUAGUGGAGACGCGAGAGAAUAAGGGAAGAGCGGGGUUACGCGCGCACUGGGAGAAGGGGCGGGGAGGAAGAAGGGGAAGGGGGGGUGCAGGCCCCCGAUCUCCCUCGUUAGCUUAGUCGGGGGAGGGGGGGAAGAGAUGAUCGAGAUGGCAGCUGAGAAGGAGCCGUUCCUCGUGCCGGCCCCGCCGCCCCUUAAAUCUGAUUCCAGUGGUGGCGGUGGCACUCUGGUGCAGCCACACCGCGAGGCCUCCUCCGGAGAGCUCUGCGGCGGGACAGCUCAGGGAACAAGCCCACAUAUACCCACAGUAUCAGGCAGGGAGGGCUUCCCGGCCCCGUCCCCCCCUAGGGCUGGCCAGAAUCCGCAUCGAGGUGGCGGCUCGAUGGCGCAGGGGGAGGCCCGACAGCCUGAAGCUCAUGGAGAGGCCCCUCCCCCUGACAUGGAGGAGGAGCGAAGGGGAUGGGGCGGGGCAGAGCUAGGGCCCCCAGCACCCCCCAGGCAGCGCAAUGGCUUCCAGCCCCAUAGGCCUCCUGGGGGCGGUGGGAGCAAGAGGAGGAAUAGCUGUAAUGUGGGUGGCUUCAAGCAUCCAGCCUUCAAGAGGCGUAGGCGAGUUAACUCGGACUGUGACCCAGUCUUGCCCUCCAAUUUUCUCCUGGGGGGCAAUAUCUUCGAUCCUUUGAAUCUGAAUAGCCUCCUGGACGAGGAGGUAAGUCGGGCACUUAAUGCUGAGACUCCCAAGUCCUCCCCACUGCCAGCUAAGGGGAGGGACCCUGUGGAGAUCCUCAUUCCCAAGGACAUCACUGACCCACUCAGCCUCAAUGCUUGCACUGAUGAGGCCCAAGUGGUUCGUGCCUCACCACUCAAGACUGGUAGGAAGCGACAUCGACAUCGUGGACAGCACCACCAGCAACAGGCAGGAGGGCCUGGGGGGAAUGACCCAACCUCCUCUGCACUUCCCCCAACUUCCACCACUCCCUCACUGCAUGGGGAGGCCACCCCCCAGCAGCUGCAACAACGACAGAAGUCCCAAGGCCGGGAUGGCCCUCAGCCUUAUGAACUGAACACUGCCAUCAACUGCAGGGAUGAAGUAGUGUCCCCCCUCCUGCCUGCCCCACAGGACCCCCCAGGCACUCGUGCAACCCCUUCAACUGCUGCAACUACACCUGCUCCCUUGUCUUCUUCCUCCCGACAUCGGAAACGACGUAGGACUUCCAGCAAGUCUGAGUCAGGAGCCAGGGCUGGGGGCCAGGGCCCUAAGGAGAAAGGCAGAGCAAGUGGGGGAGGCCGCCAUCAUCAUCACACUCUGCCUGCCACUGGUUUCAAGAAGCAGCAAAGUAAAUUCCAGUAUGGGAACUAUUGUAAGUACUAUGGCUAUCGAAACCCAAAUUGUGAGGAUGGAAGGCUUAGGGUGAUGAGGCCUGAAUGGUUCCAGGGCCGUGAUGUACUGGACCUAGGCUGCAAUGUAGGCCACCUGACUCUAAGCAUUGCUUGCAAGUGGGGCCCAGCUCGAGUAGUGGGUGUAGACAUCGAUGCCAGGCUCAUACACUCUGCUCGUCAGAAUAUCCGACAUUAUCUAUCUGAAGAACUUCGGCUCACACCCCAGUCACCUGAAGGAGUUCAAGGGCCAGAGGGUGGUAAAGGGACUGCUACCACCCGAAAGAAGAGCUGCUUCCCAGCCUCACUGACUGCCAGUCGGGGCCCCAUUGCUGCACCCCAAGUGCCUCUGGAUGGGGCUGAUGCCUCCAUAUUUCCCAACAAUGUUGUCUUCAUCACGGGUAAUUAUGUGUUAGAUCGAGAUGAAUUGGUAGAGGCCCAAGCUCCUGAGUAUGAUGUGGUACUCUGUCUCAGCCUCACCAAAUGGGUGCAUCUGAACUGGGGUGAUGAGGGACUGAAGCGCAUGUUUCGAAGAAUCUACCGACACCUGCGACCUGGGGGCAUUCUGGUUUUAGAGCCCCAGCCUUGGUCAUCCUAUGGCAAGAGGAAGACACUUACAGAAACUAUCUACAAGAACUAUUAUCGAAUUCAACUGAAACCUGAGCAGUUCAGUUCCUACUUGACAUCCCCUGAGGUUGGCUUCUCCAGCUAUGAGCUUGUGGCCACACCCCAUAACUCUUCCAAAGGCUUCCAGCGUCCUGUGUACCUGUUCCACAAGGCUAAUUCCCCUAGCCACUGAAGAGUUCUCCAAGGACAAUGAUUAUUAGAGGCUGCUCUAUGUUACUGAGGACUUGGGGGGUGGGGGGGUGGAGAAAAGUUCUACCCAUGGCUUGCUCCUCUUCCCGAUACCUAAUCUGUUUUCCUGCCAGUAUCUUUAAGAGGGAGCCUACCAACCUCCAGCACCCUAAGCAGCAGGCACAACUGGACUAAAGGUUGCCACCUCUUUUUCCCCACAGCCUAGUAGGCUGGAUGGUGUGGACCAUGAACCCUUGUUUUAGUAAGGGGAGGUGGGUGUUCAAAUCUCAGUUGCUCUGGGCCUUCCCUUUUGGUCCCUUCCCUACCUACCCCUUGGAUUCCUAGCCCCUGGUGGGCACCCAGGCCACGUUUCAGUGGACCAACCUAGGAAGGGUAGCACCAGAUGCUGCAGCAGAAGUCCCCUCUAGAUGGUCCUUGUAUGAUGGGGGGAAGAGAGGGUUUGGGAUGAAAGCAGCACAAUAAACCUGAUAUUGAAGGCA